GUUGCUGAAAAUCCAUCGACAGCCCACGACCGGUUUCGCCCUUCUUGGGGCUCAUCAGGUAGGCGCAGUUCCCGGGUUUCCGUCAACCUUAUGUUCUACUUGAAACCAAAUUGCACGAAAUUUUUCGAGAAAUAUACGCAUUUGCAAAUCAAUUUGGUUUUCACGAGAGGCUCAGCUGAGUCUCUCGUUUAUGAUGUUCUCAGCUGGGUUCCAGUUGUCGCCCGCCGUGCGUGUGUCCAGCCUCAAUUUAUUCCACAUCAGUCUGUCUGGUUGUUGGCUUACAUACAUAGCACGCAACAUCAUCUUCCAUGUGCUCUUGUGGUCAGACAUCGUGGUGUCCGUUCGGCACAAAACAUGACCAUAGCUUGUCGUCUACAUGAAACUGAUUAUGGAUUGACUAAUACACUACUCACAAGGUUGCUGAAAACUCUUCGACAGUCCACGACCGGUCUCGCCCUUCUUGAAGAUUAUCAGUCCCCGAGUAUCUGUCAACCUUAUGUUCUGCUUGAGACCAAAUUGCACGAAAUAAGGGAAGUGCACUCAUUUUCAAACAAAUUUAGUUUACCUAAAAACAUCUUAAACGAGAUAAUCGGCUGUGUUCCA